UCUCCUCUUCUUCGACCAUGAGACACUACCUCUACCGUCCAGCGAAUAAAAUACACUAAGGCUGAUAAGCCUAUGCUUAAGUUUGGGCCAACAGCAAAUAAACCCAGAUGUUUUUUCGUUUAAUUUUUUAGAAGAGUGAUAGUGGAGAACACGUGUCACAAGUUCAAUGAUUUACCACUUAGCGUUCUCACCAUCAGGCGGCUUGUGUCUUGAAACGCUAGAGCGUUCAAAACGCUGGCUACUAUUAGUGUCACCGGAGCUCGUGCGUUUCAAAGCAGAACGUUGGUUGAACAGAGCAUGGCACGGCUGAUACGGCCUCUAAGGCAAUGGCCGCAAUUGCAGCAGCACCAACGCUGCUGUUCACGAACAACACUGGACCGUUUCCUUUACCCUCCAUUACCAACAUUAUCUACUGAAACUCUCUCACAUUGUUUCUUUUUUGCCACUUCAACUACCUUUCGUGGAAACGCCGGUCACCGCCCACGCGGAGUCAGAUUACCUAAUGCUCCAUCUCCAUCUGAUGUUCAAGAAGGGGAGACCAGCGACUCGGAAUCCGAUGUAAAGAAGAGCCGCAACCAGAAGAAGCGCGAGGCUCGACGGGCCGUCCGUUGGGGCAUGGACCUUGCUUCCUUCUCCACCCCUCAAAUCAAACGAAUCCUCAGAUUGGCUUCUCUCGAACAAGAUGUGUUCGAUGCUUUAAUGUUAGUUAAGAGACUAGGGCCUGAUGUUAAAGAGGGAAAACGAAGGCAGUUCAAUUAUAUUGGGAAACUGCUGCGGGAAGUGGAACCCGAAUUGAUGGAUACUUUGAUUCAGGCUACAAAAAUAGGUGACCAGCAAACACUGCAGGCUUUAGCUGGUUCAAAGACACAAAUCCUGGAAGAAGAAGAAGAAGAUGAUGAUGAUGAUGAUGAUGAUCAAUUUGAGCAUAGUAGGUCACAGGAGUUUGUCAACAUUGCAAAUAGAUGGUUUGAUGGGUUAAUCAGUAAGGACAUUGAAAUUACAAAUGAAGUAUAUUCAGUUAACAGUGUUGAUUUUGAUCGUCAGGAAUUGCGUAAACUUGUUCGAAAAGUGCAAAUGGUUCAAGAACAAAGUCAAAUCGUGACUGUGGAGGAAGACAAGGCAAAAGUAGGAGCAGCGGUAAUGAGUGCCAAAAAGUCCCUCGUACGUUUUCUGCAUACCGUCGCCAAGCAAUUACCGAACGAAUAGAGUUCUGAUUAACUUGACCUGUUACAUUAUUAUUUCGUACCAUAAAUUAAUUCAUUUUCUGAAGGACAUUGUGCUACAUAUGAUGAGAAUAAGUCUUAGAAAUUGCAAAAUCCUUGAGACCAAGAGGCAUAUGCUGCUAACUGAUAAAACUGC